AAGAACGUCAUUAUUAGGUCCGGCAAAUUGGUUAAAGUGCUUCGUGUCCUCACUGCUGAUGUACAUUAGUUUAUUUUUUGUAAAUAAAUAGUUUGAAAUAAUAAUUUUUAUCAGUCGUGGUGAUGAGCAAUAGACAACACUGACAAUGGCUUCGGCACUGGAAGUGUUUGUAAAUAACGUCCAGACACUUUCUACUCAAGGUAAUUACCGGGAACUAUGCGACAUACUUGGAAAAUCACACGAUACGUUGACGAAAAAUGCCUCGCUUCUAGAUAACGUCCUUGAGACGCUUGAUCUACAGCAGCAUUCUCUGGGAAUACUUGCUGUGCUUUGCAUCAAGCUCAAUUUAUCUUCUGGACACCCUAAUUCAGAGGCGAAUAAAUUGCUUUUUACCCAAGUUCAAGAAUUUAUUCUAGGAUGCAAUGGCGAACAAGUUAGAUUCGCGCCUGAUAGUUAUGCUGAGCUGUGUCAUUCACUCACCCAAUCUUUGAUCGAGAUAAACACCCCAAUGCGCGGCAUAGAACUCCUCCAACGCGCGAUCCGGAAAAUCCAGUUAUACGACAGCCAGUUGACGUCAAUCCACGCGGACCUCUGUCAGCUGUGCCUGCUAGCCAAGUGUUUCAAGCCCGCCCUGGAGUUCCUCAACACGGACAUCACCGGCGUGAGCCAGGAAGGCGGACAGUUUGAAUCUAAAUACUUCCUUCUGUACUACUACUACGGCGGGAUGAUUUACACGGCGCUAAAGAACUACGACAGGGCUUUGUACUUCUUCGAGGUGUGUGUGACGGUGCCAGCGAUGGCCGUGAGUCACAUAAUGUUGGAGGCGUACAAAAAGUUCAUCCUCGUCUCGCUGAUUCUUCAUGGAAAGAUAGUCAACAUACCGAAGUACGCGAGCCAAGUGCUGGUCCGUUUUAUCAGGCCUCUUAGUCAGCCGUACUGCGAACUUGCUACUGCAUAUUCAACGAACAACUGCGAGGAAGUUCAAGGAGUUAUUAAUAAAUAUCGAGAAGUAUUUGUCAGAGAUCAUAAUCUUGGUCUUGUUAAGCAAGUACUUAGUUACUUGUACAAGAAAAAUAUUCAAAGAUUGACUAAAACUUUUUUGACACUCAGUCUUAGUGAUGUUGCAAGUCGCGUACAGCUUCCUGGGCCAGCUGAUGCUGAAAAAUAUAUUUUGAAUAUGAUUGAAGAUGGAGAAAUAUAUGCAACGAUCAAUCAAAAAGAUGGAAUGGUAGUGUUCCACGACGACCCAGAAAAAUACAAUUCACCUCGUAUGCUUGCAAAACUAGAACAAGAAAUGGCAGCAUGUGCCGAGUUAGACAAACGAGUACUUGCCAUGGAAGAAGAAGUAAUCGUAACACCACAAUACGUUCGCAAAGCAUGUGGACAAAAUGACUCAGAUGAUACCGCUGGUGCCCCGGCUACUAACGUCACAAAUGCCCAAGUUCAACCUAAACUCAACACUUACUCUAUGUAAUAUACGUCGUGCUAUCUUUACUUUAUUAUUAUUAAUUAUUAAUUAAUCAAUUCAUCUGAAGUAAAAAAUUGACAAGAGAAACGUCACUAAAAUCCGCAUAAUUUAUUAAUACAUUUUCUCUUACAUUACACUUUAUAAAAUUUUUCAUUAAAAAAAUCCGUCUUUUUUAUUUAUUAUUAAUUACAUUAAUUACUGUUUUUUUCUUAUGUGGAAUAAUAAAUGCUCAACGAAAGGUAAACUUCAUUAAUUUCGAAUAACUCCAUUACUAGCUAAGAGUUGGUAGUUUGUAAGUUUGUAUGUGAAUUUACUACGCGUAAUUGUUUACAACCCCGAUAAUUUACCUAAGAUAAAAUAAAUGACUGAAAAGUAA